GCACUUGCAGCAGAUGUUUUCUCUUCCCCUCUCUCGUGAAUCUUUUAUAUCCCUAAUAUUCUAAUUUUGCCUUUGCAGAAAAAUUCGAUUCGCAAAAACCGAAUUUUUUCUAGUGCAAAUUCAGAGUAAAUUUUGAUUUUUAGAAACCGAAAUUUGUUUUCAAGGCAAAAAAAAAAACUUCGGUUUCUACGAACCGAAGUUUUUUCAAGGGCAAAAUUAAAAAUUCAGGGGAUAAAAGAUUCAUGGCGGGUGGGGAGAGAAAACAUCCUUGCAGUAUCAGCUAGUUGGGCUCUCUCUGAACUCAUCUUCCCGGAAAAAAACCGCCGGAGCUCCGCAUCGACCGCCACCAGAAACACUGACAAACUCCACCAGGAGGAAGGAAGAAUUUGAAAAGGGCAACAGAGGAAAAACAUGUAACUCUUCAAGAUGGGCAAUGCAUCAUGCAGGUUGUGUCUCUUCGUGGCUCCAAUCUUAUUGAGGUUAUGGAUGCACGUGGUGAGAAAUCACUAGCUCUAUUUCCUGCUAAAUUUCAGAAAAGCAUUUGGAUUAAACGAGGGAACUUUGUUGUAGUUGAUGAAAGUGGAAAGAAAGAGGCUCUUGAAUCAGGAAGCAAGGUUGCAUGUAUCGUUAUUCAAGUUCUUAUCUAUGCACAAGUCCGAGCAUUACAGAAAUCUGCAGAAUGGCCUGAAAUAUUUAAACAUGAUUCAAAUGAGAGACCCAUCGUGCAACAAGAGAAUGAGACGGACACAAGUGAUGAUGACGGACUACCUCCAUUAGAAGCCAAUACAAACAGGAUAAGACCUUUUCAGCCCAAUGUCGAUGAAGAUUUAGAAUCCGAUCAAGACAAUGAUGAUUAUUUUGUUGGCUCGAGUAGUUCAACCAACACUAUGUAAAGAAUGCUCUUGUACUAUAUCCAUGUGAUGAUUUUCUUGAGUAUUUAAAUGUUUUAACCCUA